GAAAGAAAAAGAAAAAACCUGAAGGCGCCGCUCUCCUCCUCACUCGUCUCCGACGCCUUUGGAUCUCGCCGAGCCGUCGCCAUCGCGCCUCCUCGCCGCUGCGAAGGUACAGCUCCUCGUCGCCGCCCCUGUUCCCAUCCCUCUCUCUCUCUCUCUCUCUCUCUCUCUCUCUCUCUCUCUCUCUCUCUCUCUCGUCCGCACGAACGAAGGAGCUAGGGUUCUCCUUCUCCGCCACCGACACUGCAGCCGGCCCUCCGGCGAACUUCCAGCCCGCGCCGCCGCCCGGAGCAGCGCUCCCCUGCCGGCCCAGGAAUUUAGCUGUUAAUUCUCCUCAGCCUUCUCCUGUGGCCAUGGGGACAGUUGCGAUCUACAGCCUUUUCAUCAUCAAUAAGUCUGGUGGCCUCAUAUACUACAAGGACUAUGGCUCGGCAGGGAGAAUGGACACCAACGACAGUUUACGCCUCGCGAGUCUCUGGCACUCUAUGCACGCAAUCUCCCAGCAGCUGUCCCCUACCACUGGCUGUACUGGCAUUGACCUCUUACAAGCCCACAAUUUUGACCUCCAUUGCUUCCAAUCCCUCACAGGGACGAAAUUUUUCGUUGUAUGCGAAACAGGCGCUCAAAAUAUGGAAAUCCUGCUGAAAACAAUAUAUGAGCUGUACACUGAGUUUGUUUUGAAGAACCCAUUCUACGAGAUGGAAAUGCCGAUCCGGUGUGAGCUCUUUGACCUCAACCUAGCCCAGGUCAUCCAGAAGGACCGUGUCGCUCUUCUGGGCCGGUGAAGCAUGAAAGGAACAUACGGAGCACCGUCUCUUGCAAUCUCGUGUGUGUUUUUCUACCAUCUUUGUAUUUGGUCACCUAGAACAUGUUUCAUCUUGAAAGUGAUUCUGGCUCAUAACAUGAAUGCGGUACAGACUUUCAUAUCUGUAAAUCUGAUAUACAACGCUGGGUUACAGCAUUCCCAAGACAGACAAUGUGUGUAGACUUUGACAUUGCUCAGUUUGAAUUUGCAUGCCUCCAUGAUUUGAACAA